UCCAUCAGAUGCACUCGAUAUAGAACUAUUAGUGCAUGUUUUCGUACCAGUAAGCACUUGUACCGUGCUUGACUUAAGGAGCCUAUCAAGUGAGUCCUGCUAUCAGUUAACCAGAAUUCUCUCGGCAGAUGGGUCGAGGAGACCUGAGGCUGUGAGCGUUCGAAUGUGACGCUGGGCUGAUCCGGCAGGGGAGAUUCGGGGACGACUGGGUAGGAUGGAAGACAGAAACAGCAUUUUCUUGUUACGCUCACUGGUCGGGAUGCCUGGUGCAAGGCAGUGCUUGACCGAAAAAAGAAUGCCGGUAUCUGGAUACUGUCGUUGCAGUGAUACAGAGUUGGUAUGUUAGACAGAGGGAACGGGAUAUAUAUGACCACUGGAACCAUCUCUCUAUUCAAUUCUCUCUCAUCACCACCACCACCAUCAUCAGUACCGUACAUUCGAAGCUCAGCAGAACAUCAGAAUCAUCACUCUACUUCAACCUCCACAAUAUCUCAACUCCAGAUCAACAAUAAUUCCACAACUCCGAUCAUGCAGAUUCAAGCAAUCAUGGGCCGUGGUGGCUAUAACCGCUCCUCCACACCUUCUCUCGGUCGAGGAGGUUACAAUCGCGACGUCAAGACCAGUGGAAUCAGCAGACCGAGCAAUCCUUCAAGUUUGACCGUCCGCUCUGCCCGCACCUACGAUGGCAGAGGCGGUUACAAUUAAGGCAUCAGCCUAGCACAUCCUCCUUCGACAUUCCCGGCUUGCGCUGGUCCUGAGUCGACAAGAGUCUUCCAUAUACAUGGUGUUUGGUUUGGCGAUUCAUUGUUCGCUGGUAGUAUUAAACGGCGCUUUUUUUUCUUGUUUUGAAGGAUAUACAUUCUGUUCGGCAUACACGCAUCGGGUCUUUGACGGCAUGGAUAGAAUUAAUUGCAUUACCAGGAGUCUGGUUGUUUUUUCGGUCAUCGGGAUUUCGGUGUUGUUUCCGUUACAACUUCUGAAUAGCGCGUCGGACGGGUUCAGCAUCUCCG